AUGGAAUUUUUUAAAGGCUUCCAGUAAAGUCUUCCCAUCAUGUCUGCCAUGCUGUAUUCUGUGACAGUAGCACUAAGCGACUUCUCGUACACAGUGACCGGAGAACUCGCCGAACAGGUCAAUACCAUCGUUUACAAUGUCCAGGUCGAGGAGCUGAAUAGGAUUCGUAAGAAUGAGGGAGCAGAGAAGGAAGCUGCAGCAUUGCAGGCCCAAGAAAGAGAUCCUUUUCUGGGUAGGACUAAAAUCCAGGUCCAGGCUGUAUCUGGCCUAGUAAAGGACCCAAAGCCUCACAGUACAGGCAAUGACACUGGUUCAUUGCUCUCCACUGAGACAGAAAGUGUCCUCUCACAAACUUCUGACGCUCUAAAUGGAAACAAGUUAAAGGCACGAAAACAUCCACCCUCAGAUGAGAAGAAAUCUGUACUCCAACGAAACAGCUUCUGUGAUAAAGAAAGAACUGGCUCCACCACACUAAAAACAUCUCUUAGGAGCCCAACAGGUGGUGAUGAGAAGAGGUCCUUCAGCAAGAGGGGGAGACAUACUAAAGGUAAGAGUUAUGUGAAUGCAGACUAUCACUGUUCGUCGUCAGACAGUGAAGAUGAGGUGAUUGGACAGUACCAAGAGGCCGUGUCUCGGUCACAGGGUCUCCGGGGUGGCUCAGCAGGAGCUAACACACUCCACCAGAAGGGCUAUGGCUGGGACACAAGACAGAAAUACUGCCACCUAGCGGCUGAAUAUAACGGUUACAGCAGCGAGGCCUCGGCAGACGAUAUAAACUGUAUCCAGCGUAUGAGACGGACUCCGCCACUGGAUGAGCUACAGCCUCCACCCUAUCAGGACGAGGAUGGGUCACCACGUAUGUCCUGCACACCCUCUGACCUGGGCGAUGCCAAAUGUGACCUUUCCCACGGGAGCGAGAGCCCCAGACACAGUUAUGGGAAAUGUCCGAGUGAAGUUAGCGGUGCACAGGAAACUGAGAGUUUCCUCAACAAGGGCUAUGAAGAAGACGUACCCAGCGACAGCACUGCUGUUCUCAGCCCAGAGGAUCUCUCUGCACGUGGUUCAGCUGCUCAGCUUCCCAAAGGUUAUGACCCCGAGCCUCUUGCUCAGUACGGAACUCUCGACGUUGUCUUUGACUAUGAUUCAUCUGUCCAGCGUCUGUCUGUCACGAUAACAGCACUGACAGACAUUCCUCCUUUCAAACGCACGGGUAAUAUUUCCUGGCAGGUGCAUCUGGUGCUGCUGCCCACCAAAAAACAGAGGGCAAAAACCAUCAUCCAGCGGGGCCCCUGUCCUGUAUUCACAGAGACAUUUCACUUCAGCCAUAUAGAGUCAGAGAUGAUUGGGAACUAUGCAGUCCGGUUGCGUUUGUAUAGUGUGCGCAGGAUGAAGACGGAGAAAGCUCUUGGAGAGAAGGUGUUCUACCUCACCAAACUCAACCUGCAGGGCAAGAUGUCUGUCCCCAUCAUACUGGACUCCUGCUGCAACAUACCUGAUAGUGACUCUCAGGCAAGCAUGUCAGAUGUGUCGUGCAGUGAAACGGCCUCAUCAUUCCCAUCUGCAGCUCAGGGGUCAGCUCCGGAGAUCCUGCUGGGGCUUGUGUACAAUGCCACCACAGGACGCCUCUCUGUGGAGGUCAUAAAAGGAAGCCACUUCAAAAACCUUGCCGCAAAUAAACCUCCCAACGGUUUGUUCUGUUGUCUAAAACACUUGAUAGGUGGGCAGGUGUACAUAAUUCGAGACACGUAUGUGAAGCUGGCUCUACUGAACUCAAUGGGUCAGGAGAUGUCCAAGUGUAAGACGUCGAUUUGCCGUGGACAGCCCAACCCCACCUACAAGGAGACAUUUGUGUUCCAAGUAGCUCUGUUCCAGCUCUCUGAUGUCACACUCAUCCUGUCAGUCUACAACAAGCGCAGCAUAAAACGGAAGGAGAUGAUUGGCUGGAUCUCUCUGGGGCUGAACAGCUCUGGAGAAGAGGAGCUGACACACUGGACUCAGAUGAAAGAAUCAAAGGGACAACAGGUGUGUCAAUGGCAUAGUCUUUUGGAGUCCUAG